AUGCACCCCGAUGAUGUCGACCAGGCCAUCUGGAUGCUCAAGAACUAUCUCCAAGAACUCCACUCCGAAAGACAAAUAAACAAAAAGACUGGCGGGACAGCCAUUUUUGGCACCAAGCGCCACAAUGAGGUGAGCAAUACAAAGUGCAACACCGGCAACGAUGACAAGGCCAUACUUGGUGACGGAAUGGCGACAACGACGCCGAGUGAAGUGCAAGAAGCCCUAACACCCAAGCAAAAGAUUCGCCUCAACCGUCUCUCGCCAACUUACAAAAAGGAAGAAGUUUAUUGGCAGAUGACUAAAAUAAAUAGAGCCUUAGAGAUGACAACAAAAAGGACUCCGUCAGAAGAGCGUCUCGAUGAGGAAGCCAAUGAUAACAGGGAAGAGGAGGAAAUCCCAGAGCUUGCUAAAGAUACUGAGCAUGCUAUAUUCGACCCUCAUGGUUCUCGGCGAACUAAGAAUCAAUAG